CCCAGCAGGUGUCCGCAUCCCCGGUGCAUCAGCAAAGGCAGCGAGAGCUUUCAGACUGUGCUGCAAUGGAGUAGCUAGAGAGAGUUUAUGGGCUUCUCUACCGUCAGGUAAGAGGCAUGGAGAGAGCUCGCUUGGGCGAGAGGAAAUACCCUGGGUGGGCGGGUGCAGUAUGAUUUAAUGGAGCCUACAUGCAGGAUGAGAAACUUCACUGUUCUGCAAGCUGGCAUAGCGUCUACUCUCCGGAGGCAAGUGCUGUGCAUGGGGUGUGAAUGUGUAACAGAGACAUUCACGCAAUGAGAGACACGGUAUUACUGCUUACAACGUUUCCUGUUGCUAAAGCACUUUGACAGUGCUAAGUUACAUUCCAGUGGUAAUUUGUGACUGAGGUUCUGAUCGAUUCGGGAAUUUAUUAAUGUGUUACACAUGCACUAGACAUUCAGGUAUCAAAGCGAAGUGCAUGGCAUAAGAACCUAUGUGGAUAGAUCGGUAGCUCCAGAUAUUGUGACUAUGAUAGAUAGUAUUGUCGACUUGCUAGAGGAUACCCUGUAUAUUCCGGUGAUUUCAUGGAGGUGAGCUUUGUUGUUUAUUUACUAUGGAAAGCUAUAAUAAAAUUACUGGUAGUAUUUAAUAUUGAUAGUGUAGAAGGGUCCCCAGCCCCAAUUGGGACCAGGGCCCCAUGUUCUAGGGGCUGCACCAACACUCAUGAAGAUACAGUCCCUGCCCUGAAGAGCUCAGAAGCUAAGAACGCUAGACAUUAUCACUAAGGGGCUAUUUUCAAAUGUUCAGAGCAAACUGCCAGUCCCCGCCAGUAGUGGCACCUACUUUUUCAGUAACACUGCAAAUGUUUGGAAUUGGAUGGAAGGGAAUGUCCACUGCAAAGCAGGGACCCAAACCCAAGGGAAAUCCCUUGCCGAGUAAUCUUAUUGCAUUACCAGAGCGUGUAGGAGCCCAACCAAAAUCUGGUCCCUGUUGUGCUAAGCAUAAUACAGGUUCCAAAGAGCUUGUAGUCUACAAAGACAAGACAGCCUAAGGGUGGCAGGGGAAACAAGUACAGUGACGUCAAGUGACUUGCCAGAGGUCACACAGACAGUCAGUGGCAGAGGGGAGAAUGGAAUGCAGGUCUCCUAGCCCUGUACCCUAGCCCCUACAUCAGGCUGCCCCUUCCCCCGAUUGUUAUCGCAUAAUUUUCCCUUUUUUUUUUUUUUACACACUGAAUACACAGAGGGCCAGAGUCUGCCCCCCUUAGCUGGAACAGCACCUUGACUUCAAUGGCCUGCUCAGAGUAAGGCACUACGAAAUAGUGUACACUUAAAGACUCUUCCAGCAAACUCUUCCUCCCCUGUGGAGUGUCUUGACCAAUCAGUGGCACUACCCAUCUGAGCAAGGCCUGCUCAGGUGAGUAAAGGUUGACAGAGUCAGGCCAACAACUGGAGAAGUAAGUGACCCAGUGGACUGAAGAAUCUAUGAACAGAGCCCCAUGGAAGCACAUUAACAUAACAUCCCCAUCUCGUUAAUAAACAAAAAUUGAUAAAACAACAGCACUAAAUGGCAAACCCUGACCUGGUUUCCUGCAGUAGUAUGUUGUGUUCUGCAGCGACUCGGGCUGCACUGUAAUUCCUGAGGAUCUCAGUCCGUACCUGAACAUUUUCUGGAAUGAAUAACCAACAAUAAUUCCACGGUAAGCGCACUCAUCAGUAACAUUAACAUUGAACGUGACAUUCAGUUUAUUAUUGGGUUUUCAUUGUUAUCUUGGGCCAAGAUUUUCCUAAACCACUAGUCAUUUAAGGAACGUCCAUUUUGGGGAGGGUGGAGGGGGUCUGACUGUAGGUGCCUUUAAAAGGCCAGAUUUUCACUUUUAUUUCUGAAAGUCGAGUCUCUUUAAGGUGUCUGACGUUGGAUCACCUGAACUCACUAAUCCCUUUGGAAACUCUGGGCCUUUGAAACACACACGGAGAGGAAAGCUCCUGCUCUGCUAACCCCAAACGAGAGGAUGAAUUGGUCCUGGUUCCAGGACCUCCUGAGCGGGGUGAACAAGUACUCCACGGCCUUCGGGCGCAUCUGGCUCUCCGUGGUCGUGGUCUUCCGCUUCCUGGUCUACGUGGUGGCGGCUGAGCGGGUGUGGAGUGACGACCAGAGGGACUUUGAGUGUAACACGCGCCAGCCCGGCUGCUCCAACGUCUGUUAUGACCACUUCUUCCCCGUCUCCCACAUCCGCCUCUGGGCCCUGCAGCUCAUCCUGGUCACCUGCCCCUCCCUGCUGGUGGUCAUGCACGUGGCCUACCGGGAGGCCAAGCAGAGGAAGCGCCGGGAGGCGGAGGGAGAGAACUGCCGCCGGCUCUACCCCGACCCCGGCAAGAAGCGGGGAGGGCUGUGGUGGACCUACCUGCUCAGCCUGGUCUUCAAAGUUGCUGUGGACGUGACUUUCCUCUACAUCUUCCACCGGCUCUACGCCAAUUUCAACCUGCCCCGCGUGGUGCGGUGCACUGAGGCCCCCUGCCCCAACACGGUCGACUGCUUCAUCGCCAGGCCCACCGAGAAGAAACUCUUCACCUACUUCAUGGUGGCCACCGCCACCCUGUGCAUCCUUCUCAAUCUCUGCGAGAUGACCUACCUGGUCGCCAAGCGGUGCUGGGAACUCGCCGCCCGGCGCCAGGGCAGGGAGCAGUUGAGCAAGCCCACAGGCUGCCAUCACUGUGCACAGCAGAAGAACCAGAGUCUUAGUACAACAUCCUCAGGGCAGGCUCCAUUCCGGUCUGUCCCUUUAUACCGCGGGGAGGGUGCUGCUAGUGAAGGGAGAAGAGGCUCCUACCUCAUCUCCGUGCAUUCACAAUCUCUCGCACAGACUCCAUCCUCCAGUGCAAACUUCUCACCAGCUUCAUUCCCUGCAGACCGACCGACAAAGCAAUCAAAGGCUUAUUAGAAACAUUUCUCUAAGGGUUUUCAGUCCAGUGCCCAUUGAAGGCAGGGUCACGCUGUGUAUGAAAAGUACAUUGACAAAUAGCAGAGCCAGUCAGCACUUUCCAAAUUUCUAUUUUUUUUUUUCAACAACAAAAAAAUUUAAAAGGGAUGAAAUUUGUGAGAAAAUUUGCCUGUUUCUUGAUCAUCUUCAAUAAAUACUUUGCAAAGGGUUGAUAAAUGAUUUGUAGAUGUUCUAGGCAUGUUAUAGACAGAGUCAUGUGUUUUUUAAGUGGACGUAAACACACUAGUGGAAUGUGUCGUGGGUGGUUUGAAGCCAUGUCUAUAAGCAGCUGUUGGACUCAAUAAAGGUCUGUAGACAUUUUAA